UCAAUAAUUGACCCCAUUAAAAUUUACAUGGGAUUUCCUAUGUCCCGCUCGACGAUGCAACACCCGGUAUGAAUCCCCAUUUGUUGUAAAUUUUAUAGUGUUUGCUGUCUAUAUUCUAAAAUCUAUGUACUUAAACAUUUUUAAACUUUAGGAACCUAAAUCUAAACUAGUAAGAGAUACUGCCACCCAUACACAACUAUUUACUAUAUGUUAUAUGUAAAAGUAAAACCUAGUGAUAUUAAAUAAUGUACCUUAUACAAAUAGUAGAAGUUUAUGAUUGUAUUGCUAAAUACAAAAAGUCAAUUUACUGUAAGUUUUUUUAUCACCUUUUGUACAUAAAAUAUUUAUUUUAACUAACUUUUAUGUUUUCUUUGUAAUGUUUACCUAACAUAAUUUUUACUGAAAAUUUGAUGGCGUCAAAUAUAUAAAAUAUCAAGAUGCUUACUGCUGGUUUGUAACAUGAUUUUUUUUUGUUACCUUAGUAUUUUAUAUAUUUGACACUAAUCUUAGAAUUUGUAUAAUACACUGUAGAUACACAUGUAUAAUUAAAUAGGAUUUUUGUAAGAUAAGUUAAGUACCUAUCUAGUAAUAUAUUAUCAUAUUUGAUGGACAGUAUAAAUAUAAUUUAAAAUUUGCUUAAAUAGCAAAUGUCUGUGUAGUAAACAAUUUUGAAAUAACUGUAAAUAUCAACAAUAUAAAAUAUGAUCUUCCAAGGAAGUAGGCUCAUACAACAUAGUUUUUUGCAGUUUUCUUUACACCUCUAUUUUCUGUAUUUGUAUCCAUAACAACGUUACAUCAAUAUUUUAAUAAACAGGUGUACUAAAAUAUGUCUGGUCUUUAAAAUACCUAUUUAUCAUGUUUUAUAACUGACAUAUUUGUUUUUCUGUAAGACAAAAAGUAUAAAGAAUGUCAAAACCAACAACUAUUAAAGAUGCAAUAAAAAGAUGGGAGGACAAACAUCCUGGAGAGUCAAUAAGUGACGCCACAGAGGUAGGUUUCCAAUUUCAAUGGCCACCAAUAGAAAAAAUGGACAACUCUUUAUCAGCAUUAACCAAAUGUAGAAAACUGAGCCUUUCGACUAAUAUGAUUGAAAAAAUUGCCGGCAUAAGUGCACUGAAAAAUUUAAAAAUAUUAUCUUUAGGAAGAAACUACAUCAAAUCGUUUUCUGGUUUAGAAGGUGUGGCAGAUACUUUGGAGGAAUUAUGGUUAUCGUAUAAUUUAAUAGAAAAAGUUAAAGGUGUUCAAGUUCUAAAAAAAUUAAAGGUUUUAUAUCUUGGUAAUAAUUUGGUAAAAGAAUGGGGCGAAUUUGUAAAGUUUAAUGAUUUACCAUGUUUAGAAGAUUUAUUGUUUGUUGGAAAUCCACUCUAUGACAGCAUGGAAGAAGCUGUAUGGAAAGUAGAAGCUAUUAAAAGAUUACCUAAUUUAAAAAAGUUAGAUGGUGAACCCGUAGUACGCGAAGAAGAAUAAUAAUUAUGAUAAUACAGAUAUAUUUGUUUAUUUGAUUUUAGCAAUUCUAAAUAAAAGCUUAUAUAAAUAAAUACAAAAAUGCGUAAAUAUUCAAUUCAAUAAUCAAUACAUCGCUAGCCUUACAGAUUAACUUAACCUGUCUAUACAGGGUGGUCCGAAUUGUAAUCGGAAUAUCUCAACAAUACAUUCUGCAGAUAAGAAAAGUUCGUAUACCUACAUUUAUAUGCUAAAAUGCUUCGUUUCAGAGAUAUAGGGUGUAGAACCACAAAUUACCUAUAACAGAUGCGAAAGAAAGCGACUGCAUCGGAAACCGCUCGGCA